AACCCGGUUCGUUUCUAAUAGUUUUUAAAUUCCACCAUCUGUCCCAAAACUUUUCAAUGUUCUCACUUCUCGCCCACAUUCAAGACAAAAUCAUCACUGGUUCCAUCACAGUAGCAGCAGGCAAAGAAAAUAAAAAAUGAAAACAUCAGUCCCUUUACGCAGUGAAGCUCACUUAGUUCAAAGCAUAUGCGGAAGCAUAAUAAAGGGUAGCUGGAACAAUCUACUGAGAACCAACUUUAAUUCUACAACUCUCCACCAGGUACUCUUACACCUCUCUCUUUACACCCAAACCCCUCAUAUUUCCUGGGCAUUUUUCAAAUUCAUUGACUCAUCAAUUCCCAAUUAUAAACACUCCUUACAAUCUUCAUGGACCAUGAUUCAUAUUUUAACAAAGUAUAAACAUUUCAAAACUGCCCAGAAUUUGCUUCACAAGAUUGCUUACAAGGAUUUUUUGUCAACUCAGUCUGUUUUGAGUGCUUUAGUUGAACUUCAUGAUGACCCAGAUGUGAAUUCUCAUGUGUUUAGCUGGCUUCUCAUAUUUUAUGCCAACUCCAAAAUGCGAGAGGAAGCUGUUCAGGUUUUUGAGCAUAUGAGGGUUCAUGGGUUUAAGCCACAUUUGCAUGCUUGUACUGUGUUUUUGAAUUCCUUGGCUAAGGAUAGGCUUACUGAUAUGGUGUGGAGAGUUUAUAAAAAGAUGGUUAGAAUUGGGGUUGAGGCUAAUAUUCAUGUUUACAAUGUGUUGCUUCAUGCUUGUUGUAAAUGUGGGGAUGCGGAGAAGGCGGAAUUGUUGUUGAGUGAAAUGGAAUCGAAGGAUAUAUUUCCGGAUCUUUUCACGUUUAAUAUAUUGAUGUCGUUGUAUUGUAAAAAGGGUAUGCACUAUGAAGCUUUGGCUGUUCAAGAUAGAAUGGAGAUGGGAGGGAUAAAACCUGAUGUUGUUACUUAUAAUUCGCUUAUUUACGGAUUUUGUAGAGAAGGGAGGAUGAAGGAGGCUAUAAGGCUUUUUAGGGAGAUUAGUGAUGCUACUCCUAAUCAUGUGACUUACACUACUUUGAUUGACGGAUAUUGUCGAUUGAAUGAUCUUGAUGAAGCUUUGAAAUUGCGAGGAGAAAUGGAAUCUCAAGGACUGUAUCCUACAGUUGUUACGUAUAAUUCGAUUCUGCGUAAGUUGUGUGAGGGAGGCAGGAUAAGAGAUGCAAACAAGCUCUUAAAUGAGAUGAGUGAAAAGAAGAUUGAACCGGAUAAUGUCACGUGUAACACGUUGAUUAAUGCUUAUUGUAAGAUAGGAGACAUGAAGUCAUCUUUGAAAGUGAAGAAUCGGAUGGUAGAGGCUGGUUUAAAGCUAGAUCAGUUUACUUACAAAGCUUUGAUUCAUGGGUUCUGCAAACUAAAGGAUAUGGAUGGUGCUAAAGAGCUAUUGUUUAGCAUGCUUAAUGCGGGAUUCUCUCCUAGUUAUUGUACAUAUUCAUGGCUCGUGGAUUGUCACUGCAAUCAACACAAUGAAGAAGCAGUUAUCAAACUCCCAGAUGAGUUCGUAAGCAGAGGUCUUUGUGCUGAUGUAUCACUAUACAGGGCACUAAUAAGGAGAUUUUGUAAAAGAGAAAAUGUUGAUUUUGCCCAUCGAAUGUUCAGUCUCAUGCAAGAGAAGGGCAUAAAGGGAGAUAGCGUGAUAUACACUAGUCUAGCAUUCGCAUACUGGAAACUUGGGAAUGCAAAUGCUGUUACAGAGUUUUUAGAUGAAAUGUACAAGAGAAGGCUGAUGAUUACUCUCAAAAUUUAUAGGUCUUUUAAUGCUUCUUAUGCUGGUGACAAUAGCACGUUGAAUCUCUUCUGGAAUCAUCUGGUUGACAGACACAUAAUGUCUAAGAACAUAUUGAAAGAUAUGGAGCAGAAAAUUUAACACCACAAGGGAAUCUUCAUAUUCGCAUGUUAUCAUUUGGUAGCAUCACAUAAUGCUGCUCAUAUCAGUUUGUGAUGGCCUAUGUUGAUUGAGGUUUAAGAAGAUUAUUACUAUCCAUGUUAAGCUAUUCAAUAUAUAGCUGGAGCAUCAUAUGUUGAAUUGUGCAAGCGAUCUUACUGCCUAGAAGAGACGCAAGUUCCUUUCAGCAAAUGGUUUCACUGGAGCCCAAGCUGCUCUUAAUAAAGAUAAGAAGGACUUAACUGAAAACUGUAACAGCUUCAAUACCUGCUUCGUUCCCGAAGGUGAUGAAAUGCUGACCUCGGAAUGGAACUUUUACCAGAGUUAUAUGAGCUUAAAGAGACACUCUUGGUGGAUCCCGAGAGUAUCACCAUUAUUAUUUUGGGGGCAAAUUAUGUGUGCCUUGAGGUUUCAAUGUUCCGUAUGGCUGCGUCUUUUCUCUCUUGUUGGUCGAUGUGCAAAAUUUAGUAAAAAAGGUUAAUCAACGUGGAUUUCUGAACUGUGUGCGAUCAUAUAAAUAGUCUGGUGAUGACAUUCGGAGACAUGGAUUGGUUAAUUGAUGUGUGGACUAGGGAUGAAAUCCAGUUGAACCAAAUGUGGUUGUUCUUUACUGCUAUUAUGAUGAUUCUAUUGUAGAACUGGAUCUACACAAAGAUUCUGAAGCUAGUACAUAACUAGAGCUACAGCAGGAAAGCAUGGUGAUGAAGCGGAUAGCUCCAGGGUUAGAGAUACUCCGUUACAUGUCAGAUUUGGUCAACUUAUUUUAUAAAUGGAUGUGAGGCAUGAAACAUGGUAGCAUGGUAGAUUUCCUCAGCUCCAGUAUGCUAUGGUGCACUAAAAUUUAUCGAAUCCUGUAUGUUUCUGAAUUUUAUUUGUACUUUGGGAGAUACUUAUGAAACUCUGAUAUUUAUUUAUAACAUAUAUUUUUAUAAAAUAUACUGUUUCGCAA